AUGAAAAACAAAACGACAAAGUCUAAUAUUACUCAUACACACCAUUUUCAAACAGAAUACAAUAAUAUUAACAACGUGGUGAAAGCAAGAUAUCAAACUAUGGAUAUUUACGAUGUGAUUAUUAUCGGAUGUGGUUCAGCCGGUAUUGGCGCUGGGAUCGAGUUCGAAAAGGUGACAUCAAAAAGUAUCAAUUAUUUGAUUUUAGAAGCGCGAAAUCGAAUUGGUGGAAGAGCAUAUACUGAUAUAACAACAUUCGGCAAGGAUAUUCCGCUCGACCAUGGUGCGCAUUAUAUCUGUCAUCAUGAAGAAAAUAAUUUCCUACGACAAUUCUAUGUUCCAUCUGAGAAAGAUUUCGUCGAAUCUGAUUCUUAUGACAAUUCAACAAUGGUCAUAUACGACCAACAAGGAAUUAUAAUUGAAGACGAAUUGAUCAAUAAAGCAACCAAGUAUGCGGACGAUUUAUUAUCGGCCACUGAAGGAUAUUCUAACGAAACAUCUGACAUAUCCCUAUUUGACUUAGUUAAUACUGAAUUAGAAGCAAUCUCCGACUUACGAUUGAAAUCACUAGUAAAAAUGACUUUGAGUUAUAUUGAAUGUCAUGAAGGUUCGAAUAUAACACAGUUAUCCAGUAAACUAUACGGCAAAGGUGAAGGUGAUCUGCCCGAAUCAGAUUUGACCAUUACUGACGGUUUGGGCACGUUAGUUCAACAUAUCGCUUCAAAAUAUAAUCUGCCGAUAAAACUAAAUUCCAUUGUUACAGAUAUCGACGCAUCCAACGACAUAGUUCGCGUAACUACAAAAAAAACA